GCUUUGAAGGCAUCCAAUCGGGAUUAAGAUAAUGGAUUAAAAUCUCGUUUCGUUGACUUCAUACACUCGUUGAUUCAUACCAAAUGUCACUCCGUGAUAUAAGAUGAAGACUUGGCGACAUUACAAUAUUGAGUAAAUAAAUCUUACAUGUAGAGAGACACCAUUUUGCGCGAGUAACUUACCUGGGUAGCAGUGUGUUACGUUAUAUGGACCGAAGCUAUGGCGACCGCACAGCGAGUGCCGCUGGACGAGCAGCAGACGACGGAGCCCGACGAUCAGACGGGCAGGGAACGCGUUUUGCCAGCUCUGCACCCUGCCAGGAUGGAGGACCGGUGUUUCGUGCUGUAUCAACCCCCGCCAGUCACUGGCUCUGCGGCGGAGGUGGAGGCAUUCCUGGAGCAGGCCCAGUUUAUCGCAGAGGACCUGGACUGGCUGCUGGCUCUUCCCCAUGACAGGUUCUGGUGCCAGGUUGUGUUCGAUGAAUCUCUGCAGAAGUGCCUGGACUCCUACCUGCGGCUGGCCCCGAGGGGCUUGGACUGCACCCUGCCAGCCUCCCCGGCUGUCAUGGACAUGCAGAAGCACCUCCACCGCAGUGUCUUCAUGACCUUCCUCAGGAUGGCCACACACAAGGAGUCGAAGGAGAAUUUCAUCACACCAGCUGUGUUUGGAGAGAUCAUUUACAACAACUUCCUGUUCGACAUCCCGAAGAUCUUGGAUUUGUGUGUCUUGUAUGGAAAAGGCAACGGACAUCUUAUACAGAAAAUGAUUGAAAACAUCUUCAACCAGCAGCCCAGUUACUACAGUGACCUGGAUGAGACGGUGCCUACAGUACUGCAGGUCCUGAACACCAUUUUGGAGAGAUGUGGACUGCGGAUGGAGGAGGCUGCCUCCAGUGAGCCACUCAAGCUGGGCAGCACGACCACUCGUACCGCCAUGGAGAUGAGCACGAAGGACCUGGAGGACCUCGUGCUGUACCUGUGUGACACCUGCACCACUCUCUACGCCUUGUUCGACAUCUUCCCACCAGCCUGCUCUGCCUUCCAGAGCCACGGCUUCCUCAGCAGACUGGCUUCAUUUUAUGAGCUUGCUGUUCCUGACAUAGAGAAAGCAGUAAAAAAGAGGAACUUUGACGAUAAGAGCUUGCAGGAGGACCUGUGGAGGAGGGUGUCGCACUCCCGCAAGAAAAUAAUUGAAAUUGCGCACCUGCUCAUCCAGCACACCUGUCUGCAGCCCAUCUUAGAGAACAGUUCUGAGAACAUCCACCUGUUUGUGGAAGAUUUUCUGCAGAUUUUUACUUCCCUCCUCCAGGAAAAGAGUUUUCUGGCAGAUUAUGACGAGCAGUUCCCUGUUGCAGAUGACGUCAGCCUGUUGCAACAGGCAUUCCCCCUUCUAGAUGAGACCAGGACCUCCUAUAUUCUGCAGGGAAUCGAGUGUGCCUGGGAGAGUGUGGGCAGGAAGAAGCACAGGCUGCCCCCAUCUCGGGCCACCCCUGAGCUGAACGAGGGAGAUGGGGCUUGUGGAGAGAGGGGGCUGGCCGACGGAUUAGCUGGUGGGGCAGAGGCCCAGCUUGACGAGCCCCGAGUCGAUAAGGGUGCGGCAUGCACAGUAAGCACAGGGGAGCUGGAGUCCCUGCUGACCCACGUAAAAGACCUCUUCCCUGACCUGGGCGAGGGAUUCAUCCUGGCUUGUCUGCAAGAGUAUGGCAACAACUCGGAAAUCGUCAUCAAUAACAUCCUGGAGGAUAACCUCUCUCCUGCCCUGGCCAAGCUAGACCAUAACUUGCCCAGGCCAGCGAAGGAGGAAAAGCCCCCUAUCCUAAGCUGCAGAUCUAAUGUCUUUGAUGAUGACGAGUUUGACGUGUUCAACCGGGAUCAAGUGGACACAUCCCGAAUCUGGAGGGGACGAAGAAAAGGGGAGAGUGCCCGUGCCCUGCUGAAUGACAAGACGCACAUUGCAGAUCAGAGGGCGCGUUACCAGGCCUACCAGAUAGUGGUGGAUGAGGUGCCCGUGGUCAAGGACGAGGGCACCACUUUCUACGGGGAUGACUAUGACGAUGAAUAUGAUGACACCUACGAUGACAACCAGGUGGGAGCCAACGACCGUGAUGAAGACAGCGAGCUGCUGACCCGCAGGCCUUUCACUACCCCCAUGGUACUGCGCAGCGGAAGACGGGAGGGUGAUGGGGAGGACGAGGAGAACGAGGAUGAAGAGGAGGCGGAGGAUGAAGAAAAGAACGAUGCUGUGAAAAGGGACCAGUUUGUUCAGGAUCCCGCUGUGUUGCGAGAACGAGCAGAGGCCCGGAGGGCGGCGAUGUGGAGCAGGAGAGGGUUUAAACCAGAGCCAUCAGGAAACGUGGCCGGGGGACCCAGAGGCCAGGGCCAAAGCAAAGAAACCGUCCUGGAGAGACGCAAGAAGGAGGCCAACAAGAGCGCCCGCGCCAACCACAACCGCAGAGUCAUGGCCGACCGCAAGAGGAGCAAAGCCAUGAUCCCGUUCUGAAGCCCUCCGGCAUCUCUCGAUGGCGAAACGGUGAAAGACGCCGACCAGGAUGAUCAGCGUGAGGCACUAGCGAGGGUUCCCCCUUGUGCGCUAUGGCUUUGCUCUUAAUUCUAUGGAUUGAAAGAUUUUAAACCAUUUUUUUUUUUAUAUAUAGGGAUAUCCUUUUUGAUCCCCAUCCAGUUUGGAACUGCCAGUUGCAUGCGGCGACUCGACCACAUGGGGAAAGCUUGAGACACGCCCACCUGCAGAGAGUUUCGUGAUCUGACAGGUUGAAUGAGCCACGCAUCUCUUGCUGGCGUCACUUUGACCCUGCUGGGAGGCUCAGUUCGCCGGAAUGUGGCCCAGUUCAUCCCAUCUUGCCCCCCUGCAGCAAUAAUAAUAGUUUCCCAUAUCUGUUGUAUUAUAUCAAUACGAUAUUAUAUGUCGUCUCCUCCUGAGUGGCAUAUAGAUUAAAGACGGAUUACUUCAAAACAAAAUAAUUCUCUUGUUGUUACACUACCAUUGUGUUGAAAGUGAAUGCAUUUUCUUGAUUUUUAAACAAUCACAAAAUGAACCGCAUUGCAAAGGCCACACCACAUUUUACAAUUUACAGUUGUUAAAGGGCUGUGCCACCUGUUGCGGUUUUCAUACUGACAUGCUAUAAUGCCUUUGGUUUUCAGGCCCC